AUGCAAGAAUAAUAGGAGAAUAAUUUUAGUUAUGAAAUAAUUUCUAUUUAUCACCAAGGAUAGUUUAGCAAUGCACUUGCAAUAAAUAGAUCAAAUACAUUACUUCUUGUAGGAUCUAAAAAGAAAUUCAAAAUCUUUUAGUUCAAACACAAAUAUCUAAAAUAGAUUCAACAAAUUAACAAGCACUUUGAUAAUGUCACUACUCUAAAUUUUUUUUAAAUUAAAUAGUGGCUCAUUUCAGGUUCUAGAGAUAAUAAUAUAAUUAUUUGGUCAUCAAACUUAGUUAUAAACUCAAAAUAUGUAAUAAAAUUGAAAAGUCAUUCUGAUUGGAUUAACUGCCUUGUGUUGCAUCCAUUAUCCGAAGAUCUCGCUAUUAGUGGAUCAAAAGAUUCUACAAUUAAAUUUUGGUGUAUUUCAUUAUCUUCAUGUGUGUAAACUAUAAAACUGUUUAAUUAAUAAAUUUACUCAUUAUCAAUAAAUAAUAUUGGAAAUAAAUUAAUUUCUUGCAGCGAUAACAAUUCAAUAUUAAUAUUAAAAGCAUUAAGUUUUGAUUAAUGGAUUAUUACACAAAGGAUAGUUGUUUCUAAUUUUGGAUAUAGAUUAUCUUUUGUUAAAAAUGAAAUUUUCGUAUUUUAACCUUAUAGAUAAUCUAAUUUAGAAAUAUAUCAAUUAAACUAUGAAAACGAGAAAUUUUUUAAAAUAACAGAAGCAGAAAUUUAAGGAGGGGAUCAACCCUGUAAUUAUUAUUUUCCUAUGGUCUAUGUAUCAUCGAAAAAUUGUCUUCUUAUCAAACAAGGAUACAAAUUGAAUAUAAUCAAGAUAGUAUUCUCAACCAAAGAAGAAAUUGAGGAGUACAAAUUGUAAUAGGUGAUUGAUUUCAAAAAAGUCUUAUGGAGUCAAAUAUUUGGAACUAUGAGUCAAGAUGGAUAGUUCUUAAUAACAUGGGAUUUCAAAUCUCAUCUUUUUCAAAUUAGAGAAUAUGCCCACAAACCAUGA